UCUUCUUUUUCAUUUAAAUUCCUCAAUUUUUCUGCCUGUCUGCUUCUUCAACAUGGAAUCCAUAAACAGAAAAGUUGGGGAUUCAAAAAGUAACGUAGAAUUCGCAAUUAAUAAUGUCUCUUACACCGUUACGGAAGACGUUCCCCCCCGAACAUCUCUCAACGUCUUCAUCAGAGAUUAUGCAAAAUUGCGAGGUACUAAAGCGAUGUGUCAUGAAGGAGGUUGCGGUGCUUGCAUUGUAUCUGUCGAAGUCAAGGGUAAAACAAUGUCUGUGAAUUCUUGCCUAGUGCCAGUUUUAAUCUGUAACGGAUGGUCGAUUAAGACGAUCGAAGGAUUAGGCAACAGGAAAGAUGGUUAUCAUACGUUACAAGCUGCAUUAGCAGGAAAAAAUGGUUCCCAGUGCGGUUAUUGUUCUCCUGGUAUGGUAAUGAAUAUGUACAGCCUUUUACAGGGCAAACAGUUGACUAUGAAAGAGAUAGAAAAUUCCUUUGGCGGUAACAUAUGCCGCUGCACGGGUUAUCGACCGAUUUUAGAUACGUUUAAAGGGUUUGCUGUCGAUGCCCCUAAAAAUCUUGUUCAAGAUAUUCAUGAUAUAGAAGAAGUAUUUAAAAUUAAAACCUGCAAGAGGACAGGUUUGGCUUGCGAGAACGGUUGCAACGGUUGUCAUCAGCUUAUUUCUAACACCGAGGAUAAAAUAGAUAUGAAGUUAGAAGGUGUACAGUUUCAUAAAGUUUUAUCGGUCGAUGAUUUAUUUGCAGUGUUUGAAAAAAAUCCGAAUGCAAGUUACAUUCUAUACGGUGGUAAUACCGCACACGGUGUUUAUCGCACUCAGAUAACCGAUAUAGCCAUCGACAUUAAUGAUAUUCCCGAUUUGCGACGAAUAAGCAAAGAAAACGAUUCGCUAACCAUCGGCAGUAAUUUGUCUCUUACCGUGGCAAUGGAAACUUUUGAAAAAUAUUCCAAGGAACGAAAUUUCGAAUAUUUGCAACAUUUAGCUAAGCAUAUAGAUUUAAUCGCUAGUGUUCCAGUGAGAAAUAUUGGAUCUUUAGCUGGAAAUUUGAUGAUAAAAUAUCAACACCAUGAGUUUCCCUCGGAUCUCUUUUUAAUACUUGAAACUGCAGGCGCGCAACUACACAUAGUGGAGGCCGGAGGAAAAAAGACUAUCGUCAAUUUAUUAGAUUUUCUCGAUAUGGAUAUGAAACAUAAAAUUAUAUAUAGCAUUGUAUUGCCAGCGCGUGGCAGUGAAUAUGAAUACAGAUCUUACAAGAUUAUGCCACGUGCUCAGAAUGCUCACGCUCACGUGAACGGUGGAUUCCUCUUUAAAUUGGACGGAGCUGGAAGAGUCGUGGAAAAACCAAAUAUAAUAUUUGGCGGAAUAAAUGAACAUUUUCUUCACGCUUCGAAAACGGAAGAAUACUUAAUUGGUAAAUCUAUCUUCGACAAAGAUACAAUUAAAAAAGCCAUUGAAAUAUUGGAUAACGAACUUAAUCCCGAUCAUGUAUUACCCGAUUAUUCUCCACAAUUUAGAAAAUUACUUGCCGUAGGACUUUUCUUCAAGUUUAUCCUGAGCAUUAAACCAGAAAAGAUUGAUCCAAGGAUACGCAGCGGUGGAUCGCUGUUGGAACGUGAAUUAUCCUCGGCAAAGCAGGAUUACGAUACCGAUAAGAAUAUAUGGCCUCUGAAUCAACCCCUUCCGAAAAUGGAGGCAAUAUAUCAAACAUCGGGCGAAGCACAAUACGCGAAUGAUAUUCCGCCUUUAGCGAACGAAGUAUUUUGCGCGUUUGUUCAUACGACCGUACCUAAUGGCAAAAUAAAAUCCAUCGAUGCUUCCGAAGCACUGAAAAUUAAAGGAGUCAUAGCGUUCUAUUCUGCGAAAGAUAUUCCUGGAAAAAACGUGUUUAUUUCGGCAGCUAGUCAACAGAUGAUGCUGCCUAACGACGAAGUACUGUUCGCAGAGGAAAAAAUUGAAUUUGCUGGACAACCUGUUGGAAUAAUUGUUGCGACAACGCAUUCAAUUGCGAAUGACGCGGCACAAAAGGUGCGUGUCUCUUAUGUUGACGUUCAAACGGAAAAAGCAAUAUUGAAAAUAGAAGACGCUAUAGCUUCUAAUGACAGAUCUAGAAUGCUUCAAACAAUCAAUAUAGAUGCAAAAACGAAAGGAACGGAUACGAAGCAUGUAAUAAAAGGAGUGUUUCGAUGUGGAAGUCAGUAUCAUUAUACCAUGGAAACCCAAAGUUGCGUUUGUAUUCCGACUGAAGGCGGGAUGGAUGUUAUCCCAGCAACGCAAUUUGUGGAUCUCUGUCAAACUUCCAUAGCCGAAUGUCUUGGCGUUAAGAAUAACAGUUUAAAUAUAAAUGUAAGAAGAUUAGGCGGUGCAUAUGGUUCUAAGAUAUCGCGCGCGACACAAAUUGCUUGUGCUUGUGCAUUAGCUUGUUAUAAACUGAAUCGACCAACACGGCUCGUUAUGUCGAUAGAGAGUAAUAUGAUAGCGAUCGGUAAGAGGUACGAUACUCGUCAGGAGUAUGAGGUUGGUGUAGACGAUAAUGGACGUAUACAAUAUUUGAAAUCGAAACAUUGGGGCAACAGUGGAUGCAAUUUUAAUGAAAUGCAUGGUCCCGUUGUCAUACACCACAUCGGAAGUUGUUACGAUACUACUACUUGGUCUUUUCAAGCUUUCGAGGCAAGAACUGAUUUACCUUCAAACACUUAUUGUCGAGCACCAGGUAUUUCUGCAAAAACGAAAGGAACGGAUACGAAGCAUGUAAUAAAAGGAGUGUUUCGAUGUGGAAGUCAGUAUCAUUAUACCAUGGAAACCCAAAGUUGCGUUUGUAUUCCGACUGAAGGCGGGAUGGAUGUUAUCCCAGCAACGCAAUUUGUGGAUCUCUGUCAAACUUCCAUAGCCGAAUGUCUUGGCGUUAAGAAUAACAGUUUAAAUAUAAAUGUAAGAAGAUUAGGCGGUGCAUAUGGUUCUAAGAUAUCGCGCGCGACACAAAUUGCUUGUGCUUGUGCAUUAGCUUGUUAUAAACUGAAUCGACCAACACGGCUCGUUAUGUCGAUAGAGAGUAAUAUGAUAGCGAUCGGUAAGAGGUACGAUACUCGUCAGGAGUAUGAGGUUGGUGUAGACGAUAAUGGACGUAUACAAUAUUUGAAAUCGAAACAUUGGGGCAACAGUGGAUGCAAUUUUAAUGAAAUGCAUGGUCCCGUUGUCAUACACCACAUCGGAAGUUGUUACGAUACUACUACUUGGUCUUUUCAAGCUUUCGAGGCAAGAACUGAUUUACCUUCAAACACUUAUUGUCGAGCACCAGGUUCCACAGAGGCUAUUGGCAUGGUGGAGAACAUAAUGGAGAACAUAGCAAAGAUACUGCGGAAAGAUUCGUUAGAAAUUAAAUUAUUAAACAUGAACGAAGACCACAAAAAAAUGUUGCAGCCGAUGAUAGACGAACUAUCCAAUAACGCGGACUAUGAAAUGCGAAAGAGAGCCGUGGAAACCUUUAAUAAUGAAAAUCGAUGGAAGAAAAAAGGAAUAGCAUUAGUACCGAUGAUGUAUCCAAUGGGUUUUUGGGGCCAAUUUCAUGCACUCGUUUCAAUCUAUGCCCGAGAUGGUACAGUUUCUGUCACUCACGGUGGAAUUGAAUCCGGUCAAGGGAUUAACACAAAGGUUGCACAAGUAGCUGCACAUACUUUAGGUAUAGAUUUAUCACUGGUUACUGUCAAGCCGACUAACAAUUUGACGGCUCCAAAUAAUUUCGUCACUGGUGGAAGUCUUACCAGCGAAGUGUGCUCAUACGCAACAAUGGCAGCUUGCAAGGAAUUAGUAAAAAGACUAGAACCAAUUAAACAAGAACUUAAAAAUCCAUCGUGGCAGGAGUUAGUGAUGACAGCAUACACGAAGGACGUUGAUCUGUGCGCGCGUUACAUGUAUACUACGAAAGAUGACAUCAAACCGUAUCCAGUGUAUGGAGUUACUAUAGCUGAAGUUGAAAUUGAUGUAUUAACCGGACAACAUAUUUUACGUAGAGUAGAUUUAAUGGAAGAUUGUGGAAGAAGUAUGAAUCCGGAAUUAGAUUUAGGUCAAGUAGAAGGUGCCUUUGUGAUGGGAAUCGGAUAUUGGACAUCCGAGGAUUUGAUUUAUGAUCCAAAAUCUGGUCAAUUGACGAAUUACAGAACUUGGAAUUAUAAACCACCCGGAGCGAAAGAUAUUCCUGUUGAUUUCCGUGUUUACUUCCGUCGAAACGCUCCUAAUCCACUGAGUAUUCUUCGUUCAAAAGCCACUGGUGAACCGCCAUUGUGUAUGAGUUAUGUAAUUCCUAUCGCAAUACGCAACGCACUGGAUUCAGCACGAAAAGAUGCUCAAGAUAGUGCACUGUGGUAUCCGCUUGAUGGUCCAGUUACAACAGAAAGGAUUUUGUUAACCAGUUUAACUUCCAAAGAACAAAUGGUACUUUAAAGGCGAAAUUAAUUUUUAAAAAUAAAACACUUCUGUUAUUGCAUGUUCAUUUUGAACCUAUAACUUGUUGCCACUUCGAUGUUUCUACAUAUUAAUAAAACCAAGAGUUAUUUUGUCAACAUUA